UUAUCCCUCUGCGGCUCUGCCCUCUCUCCAACUUCUCCUUCUCUUCUCCCGUUAUCCCUCUGGCUCUCUGCCUCUCUCCAACAUCUCCUUCUCUUCUCCUGUUAUCCCUCUGGCUCUCUGCCUCUCUCCGACUUCUCCUUCUCUUCUCUCGUUCUCCGUCUGUGAGUGACUGAAACUUUUCCUCCAUUGUGAGUUUGCAACCCUAACGGCCUACCGCCUAACCUUUACUCGUCCGCGGACCACUUCCUUCAUCCUUCAAGCCUUCAAGGUCAACCGGCUGCUCUGCUCUGCUUUCAGCCCAGGGUUCCUGCGUGUGUAAGUUCCUGUUGAAGAUUCCUGCUUGUCUAUGAUCUGGAGUUUACCGUGGACCAUAAGCUUGUUGUUGUCAGCAAUGGAGACUUACUUUAUCAGACGCUCUUCGAGAGGUUCGACAGCAACCGCGACGGCCGGAUCGACCUCGACGAGCUGCGGUCGAUGCUGCGGCUGGUGGGGAUCGACCCGGGGCGCCGGGAAUUGGAGAAGGUCCUCGGCGUCGUGAGCCUCGACCUCGAGAACUUUGCGGCGAUGUGUGAGGAUGCAGCCGGCACCGCAAAUCAAGAGGGAGGCAGCGACAACGGUGACGACGGCGAGAGGGAGCUGAUGGAAGCGUUUAAGGUGUUCGACGAGGAUGGGGAUGGGUUCAUAUCGAGCAAGGAGCUUGGGAGGGUGCUGGUGAAGUUGGGGCUGUGGAAGGAAGAGGAUGGGGAUUGCAUGGAGAUGAUCUCCAAGUUUGAUUCCAAUGCAGAUGGACGGCUGGAUUUUCCGGAGUUCAAGGACAUGAUGCAUAGAUCCUUGUGAAUAUUCUGAUUGCUUGUUGUAAAUACAUUUGUUUAUUAUCCAUUCAUUCUUUCUUUAUUCUUUCUUUCAAUU